UUAUUUGCAUUAUAGAUCUUAGUGUACCUAUACACAGUGAUUGUUUUGUGAGGUUUUCUUUAUGUGGUCGCUUCCUCUUUUUUUCUGUCCCAAUGAGCCUGAGCUCGUCUUUGGACCUGCGCAAAUCAUUGAGCAACCUAUUGUUGACAGUGGAACUCACAGCUCUCUCUGUCUAUAAUAGUGUUUCUUUCGUCGGUUUCUACUUCCAUUUGGUGGCUCAGGCUUAUGAAGAGAAAAUGGGUGUAAAAACCCAAAGCUGUGUCCUAUUUCUGUUGAUGUAUACACUGACCCUUGUGAAAAGUCAAGAAUGUACACGUGAAAAGUUUAUAACUGGCCCCCUGUUUGAUUCGAAUUUUGACACAACCAAUCUGGCGGCCACUUACCCCAGUGGAGAACAAGUGAGAGUGGGAUGCAAUGUUGGCUUCAGUGGCUUUUUCAAACUGCUGUGUAUCCAAGGAAACUGGCAGUCAAAAGGCCAACCAUGUCAACCGAAGUCAUGUGGCCAUCCUGGUGAAGCUAGUUAUGCAGAUUUUAAUCUGCAAAAGGGAGAAGAUUUUGUCUUUGGGUCACAAGUUGUGUACACCUGCCAUAAAGGUUAUCAAAUGGUCAGUCGCUCAAACGUCCGGCGCUGCAUGGCUGCAGGCUGGGAUGGUGUGGUUCCUGUCUGUGAAGCCAGACAGUGCCCAGCGAUUCACGUGGACGACACUGUCCAAGUAGCUGGAAACACAGAGGAAGCAGCCUAUGGCAAUGUCAUUCGAUUCAGCUGCAAAUCCAGGAGUUUAGUCCUCGAUGGCUCACAGGAACUGUAUUGUGAUGAAAAUGGAGAGUGGAGUGGCCAAGCUCCUACAUGCAAAGCGAUAACCUGUAAAGUACCCAUUAUUCGAAAUGGCUUUGUUACUGGGGAUGUGGAUGAGUACAGUGAAAACGAGUAUCUGUCCUUCCGUUGUAACCCUUCAUACAAAUCGGUUGAUGAAAGACCUUCAAAAUGCCUCAAAAGUGGAAUAAGAGCAAACUGGAGCCCCACACCUGUAUGUGAACGAAUAGUAUGUAAGCUGCCACCGACAUCACUGGAGGGAACACAGUACGAACCUGCAUCCGUCAAUGUGUUUUCACCUGGUGAAACAGUGAGAGUCGUUUGUGGACACAAGUACUGGAUUGAUAACCAUCGGGUAAGCUCAGCAGUGGUUACAUGCAAAGAGACUGGAGACUGGGACCUCAGACCAGUGUGCCAAGAGGUCACAUGCAGCAAUCAGAGACCGCAACAUGUGUAUAACUGGGAUGUUCAAUGGCGUGAAAAAAAAACAUUGGAUGAGACUGUAAGGUAUACGUGUGUGAGGGGCUACAAGAAGCCACAUGGUGUUAUCUUGGCUACAUGCACCAGAGAGGGAUGGAAACCAAAUCCUCUUUGUCAAGUCUCAGGGUCAUGUUCCAAACCUGAUGUACCAAAUGGAAUUGUAGCUGGUCCAUACAAUUAUACAGUGUUCUACACCUGUAAAGAAGGCUAUAAACUUUUUACCAGAGGCUGGUGGGCCAUGGCUAGAUGUGACAAGGCGUCUGCAUCGCAACAGUGGUCUGGAGUGGAAAAAUGCAUCGAGAAUGAAGCGUGUGGAGAAUUGCCAGCGAUUCUUAAUGGGAGAGCGAACAGACCAUAUGAACAAAGCUCAGAGGCCCCGAUUACUUGUGACCCAGGAUACAGACCAGAGGUUAAACAGCUGAAUUGUAGAGCGGGAGAAUGGCGUUCAAAUGGAUUUUCCCCCCAAGCAAUCUGUACACAACUUGCAGCAACUGCUAAACCUUGCGACCCACCACGUAAGGUUGACAAUGCUGUGGUUCAGGGUCGGUAUCAGAAGGAAUACUCGUCUGACUCAAGAGUAAUAUAUCUGUGCCGUAAAGAUUACAUGAUGGAGGGUGAACCUGGAAUCAUAUGCAAAAAUGGCCAAUGGAAGGGGAACAUCUUUCCUUGCAAACCAUACUGUGAAAAGCCCAAGAAGGAGUCAAUGAUCAUCACUGCAGACAAAGAAAUAUAUAUGGAUGGGGAGACCCUAAAGUACACCUGUGACACAAGUGGUGUUGAAGGCAUUGCAACAUGCCUCAACACUAAGUGGAAUGAAACAGAAAUAUGUGAAGUUCCUCUGGAUUGUGGCAGGUCGCCUUUUCUCACCAAUGGAGACACUAAAGAAACUUCUCGCAGCCACCACAGACACAACGAAAGGGUUGAAUAUGUCUGUCAGGCUUAUCAUACCAUGGAGGGGGAGUCCUACAAAACCUGCAUCAAUGGCAGUUGGGUUGGAGAGAUGAAGUGUCUCAAACCCUGCACUGCUGAUAAAGAAGCCAUGAGCUCACGUAAUAUCAGAUUCAAAUAUGUAGCGGAUGAUAAGCUAUAUUCAUUCCAUCUUCAAUGGAUCAGUUUUGCAUGUACCUAUGGAAGAAGUCAUGACGGCGCAAUCAACAUGCGUCAGAGGUGUGAGGAUGGGGUGAUGCAGCUGCCCACUUGCCAUUUGUGUUACCCAUGCAAAGUGCGUGCUGUGUGUCCCCAUGCGUCACGUUGUAAUAUUACACCCCUGCCAUCCCACGGGUCAGUCCAUGUUACUUCCUUUGAUCCCCCCCCCGAGGACAACAGCCCGGGGACAAGCACCAGAAAAACAGACUUUGUCAGGCUGUCAGCCUCCGACUGUGCCAAAAUGCAAGUGUCUUCCAUCUUUCUGUUACUCCACCUGUGGAUGAGCGUGAAAGUCUCUUCAUCACAGACUGCCCGACAGUGCCCAGCGAUUCACGUGGACGACACUGUCCAUAUCGAUGUCAUUCGAUUCAGCUGCAAAUCCAGGAGUUCAGUCCUCGAUGGCUCACAGGAACUGUAUUGUGAUGAAAAUGGAGAGUGGAGUGGCCAUGCUCCUACAUGCAAAGUUCCUCUGGAUUGUGGCAGGUCGCCUUUUCUCACCAAUGGAGACACUAAAGAAACUUCUCGCAGCCACCACAGACACAACGAAAGGGUUGAAUAUGUCUGUCAGGCUUAUCAUACCAUGGAGGGGGAGCCCUACAAAACCUGCAUCAAUGGCAGUUGGGUUGGAGAGAUGAAGUGUCUCAAACCCUGCACUACUGAUGAAGAAGCCAUGAGCUCACGUAAUAUCAGAUCCAGAUAUGGAUCGGAUGCUAAGCUAUAUUCAUUCCAUCAUCAAUGGAUCAGUUUUGCAUGUACCAAAGGAAGAAGUCAUGACGGCACAAUCAACAUGCGUCAGAGGUGUGAGGAUGGGGUGAUGCAGCUGCCCACUUGCCAGUUUAUCACAAAGUAUGUUUUUACUUUCUGGUUGAAAAGCAGAAUUGCUCAGAGGGAUUCUUUUAUAAAUGUGAUGGGAUACCAAAGAUGUCUAAGAAUUGAUCCAUCAUGGCACAGAGGACUUUCUGCAACGUUUAGUGUUACCCAUGCAAAGUGCGUGCUGUGUGUCCCCAUGCGUCACGUUGUAAUAUUACACCCCUGCCAUCCCACGGGUCAGUCCAUGUUACUUCCUUUGAUCCCCCCCGAGGACAACAGCCCGGGGACAAGCACCAGAAAAACAGACUUUGUCAGGCUGUCAGCCUCCGACUGUGCCAAAAUGCAAGUGUCUUCCAUCUUUCUGUUACUCCACCUGUGGAUGAGCGUGAAAGUCUCUUCAUCACAGACUGGAUGUUCCGGCAUCCCGAAUGUUCCUCACUCUCAGGUGUCGGAAAACUCCAAAAAAGCUGAGUACCAAAAAGGAGAUGUGCUGCGUUUUACUUGUGACACUGGCUACAUAUCAGGUCCGGCCAUCACUUAUAUAUGUAGCCCUGAGUUCGGAGGCUGGGCUGCAGUCCGUAGAGGAAGCUGCUACUUAAAGCCAUGUGAACUUCCGGAAGACACUGACAAUGGCUAUUAUCAAAUUAUCAAGGGUGAAGACUUUGUAUUUGGUACCACAAUCAAAUACUUUUGUAAUGAAGGGUAUCAAAUGGUGAGCAGGGAGGACACCAGGACUUGUUUGCUGGACAGAUGGACCAAUCACGUGCCGAUAUGUGAUCGUUUGAGCUGCGAGCCCCCGACCUGGGGCCGAGGGGUCAGAGUACAAGGUUUGCCCGAGAACGACGGCGCCAUAGUUCCUGGCCGCUCCCUCGCGUUCAGCUGCGAUAAUCCCGGGCAAGUUCUGAACGGCAGUUCCAGGCUGGUGUGUGGUGAGGAUGGACAGUGGAAUCAGCCGUUCCCUUCGUGUGAAGACACCACUUGUGAAGUUGGUCCGCUGCAGCCUCAUGUCACAGCGACCGGACUGCCAGCCCAAAAUGAAACAAUUAAGAACGGCCACAAGUUACGCUUUCACUGCGACAAUCGAUUAACAAUACAGGGGUCUCAAGAGAUUGAAUGUCUACCAACUGGGGAGUGGAGUGACGCCUUCCCAACCUGCGGCGCUAAUCAGGGUUGUGGCAGGUCGCCUUUUCUCACCAAUGGAGACACUAAAGAAACUUCUCGCAGCCACCACAGUCACAACGAAAGGGUUGAAUAUGUCUGUCAGGCUCAUCAUAUCAUGGAGGGGGAGUCCUACAAAACCUGCAUCAAUGGCAAAUGGAUUGGAGAGAUGAAGUGUCUCAAGCCCUGCACUGCUGAUGAAGAAGCCAUGAGCUCACGUAAUAUCAGAUUCGCAUAUGUAUCGGAUGCUAAGCUAUAUUCAUUCCAUCAUCAAUGGAUCGAAUUUGCAUGUACCUAUGGAAGAAGUCAUGACGGCACAAUCAACAUGCGUCAGAGGUGUGAGGAUGGGGUGAUGCAGCUGCCCACUUGCCAGUGAAAGUUAAAGUUAAAUGAAAGAGAUGCAAACGUGAACUGAAUGACAACCAAAGUCAACCUUUCUGCUGUCUAUUCUUCUGUGUGUUGUACAACAUGUAACUAAAUGAAUAUGGAUACAUGGCACAGAAGUGUAUGCUUCCACUACUUUGUCAUUUAGAGGUGAUUUGUCUCCAUUUAUUAGCUUGUGUGCUCUGACAUGAGUGAAAUCAAUGUUCACCAAACACGCUGUCUGUUUAUUUUAAUUUAAGUUUAAGUUGGCAAGCCCAAUAAAGGCCACAGAGGAGUAACUCUGUCACAGUAA